UCACUUCUUGUUAUGAAGAUCAGCUGAUCACCGGAGCGGCCUGAUAAACAUUGUGUAACACAGGUGGAGGCUGGGGUAUGUCCCGGUGGCUUCUAACUCAACAACAACAGCCAUAAGUCCGGCCUAGUGUUAAGUACUAGGCAGCAGGAACAACCACUGUCUGUUAAAGGAGAAAUACAGUAUCUCGCAAUUGUUAAUUGGGAAAUGCACAGGGGCCGAGUAACGUGGAAUUCUGAAAGAUGAUGUCUCGAAUAUUAUUAAGUCGCCUUCAUGUGCUUAGCCGAAUUUUGGCGAAGCCUUGUAUUCAUGGAAAUCCAGUUUCUGGCAUAUAUGUGAAUCUUCAUCAAAGUUCAGACUCUACAGUGGUUAGUAUUGGAGGCAUAACAAAGCGACUACAAGAGCCCAAACAUCCAGAGCUUGUACCUGUUGGAUACUUAUCUGAGAAACUUCCUCAGUCUGUCCUCAAGCACUUAAGAUGGAUGCUACAAAAGGAUCAGAUAGGGCAAGAUAUUUUCCUGAUUGGUCCUCCUGGUCCACUUAGGAGAUACCUGGCACUCUUAUAUUUACAACUUACUAAAAGAGAAGUGGAAUUUGUUACGCUUACUAGAGAUACAACUGACACUGAUCUCAAGCAGAGGAGAGAGAUUAGGGGAGGAACAUCGUUCUAUCAUGAUCAGAGUGCAGUACGAGCAGCUACUGAGGGACGUGUGUUAGUUCUUGAAGGCAUUGAGAAGGCAGAGAGAAAUGUAUUGCCAGUUCUCAAUAACCUGCUGGAGAAUCGAGAAAUGCAGCUUGAGGAUGGCCGGCUCUUAAUUUCAAGCAGCAGAUACGACAAACUACUUCAGGAGCAUUCACAAUCAGAAUUGGACAGAAUGCGUUUAGUACGAGUUAGUAAAGAUUUUAGAGUUAUUGCUCUAGGACUGCCCUCGCCACCUUACCAGGGUUACCCUCUUGAUCCUCCAUUAAGAUCAAGAUUUCAAGCUAGAGAAAUAUCCAAUCUACCUUUCAAGGAGGUGCUGGAGGAGAUACUGGAGCGCCACGAGGGUGUGGAGAGUGAGUUGGCCACCCGGACACUCUCCCUUGCCCUCACAUUGAUCACACAGCAGUCAAAGGCUCUUGGUCUUCCCGACUUCCCGAUCGACAACAUUCACUCCAUCAUGGCUAUUAUGAGUAAAUACCCCAUGACUGAGCCUUCAAAUCUGAUCCUGAGGCUGUACCCUUACCAUGCCUUCUUGCCACAAGAAACCUACAAAUCUGUUGAAGACGUCUUCUCAACAUUUGGUUUCAAUACUUCUCAGAAGAGCUCUACUGCUGAAAUCAAUGAAGUUAGUGAAGUUGGGCAGCAUCAGUUCGAAAACAAAGUAGAAGCACAACUUAUAGUUGAGGGUCAAGAAGUGAUCACACAGAUUUCCUCUGGGAACUGUUGGGGAAAUCAACCUCCAUCAUUUGUAUUUACUCCAUAUCAUCACAAAAUGCUCACCGAAAUGAUUCAGAGCCACAGUGUUGGCGAUUUCUGCAUAAUUGGCCCACGUGGAUGUGGAAAGUCUGCAGCUGUUGCCAAGAUGGCACACAUGUUGGGUUACCAGACAGAGCCGAUACUUGUGUACCAGGAUAUGACCUCACGUGACCUUGUGCAGCAGCGAGUGACCUCAGACACUGGUGAUACAGCCUGGCAGUUUUCCCCACUGGUCACAGCUGCCUUGGAUGGAAAAUUAGCUGUUUUAGAUGGAAUACACAGACUUCACCAUGGAACAUUGGCUGUACUACACAGGCUCAUACAUGACCGAGAAUUGCAAUUGUACGAUGGGACAAGACUAUUACGCUCUGAUCAGUAUGAUUCAAUCAAGGAUGAGAAUGGAUGGUCAGAUUCAGAGAUGACAGCCAGAGGCAUAUACCGCAUUCACCCAUCAUUCCGUAUUGUAGCACUAGCAGAACCUCCAGUAAUUGGUGCUCCUCAAGGACAGUGGUUGACUCCAGAAGCUCUAACUCUUUUCCUUUAUCACAAUAUGAGACGCUUGAGUUCAAAGGAAACUGUCAACCUUGUAAAUCAGCUGGUUGGAGAUUGUAAUUCUUCAGUUGAACAACUGAUCACACUUGCAUCCCAGUUGACUGCUUCUACUGAUCCAGCUUUAAAGUCACUAGCUGAGUCACUCUCUCUAAGGCAGAUUAUCAGGAUAGCAAAACGUUUCAAAGCUUAUCCAUCAUUUGACCUUCACACUGCAGUGUAUAAGGCCUGUCUUGCAAGAUUUCUUCCACCACUUGCCAGACAAGCAUUAGACACCAUUCUUGAUAGUCGGGGCAUUAAAAAAAUUAGCAGCUUGGAAAAUGAGAAGCUUAUUUGUGAAGUGAAAGAUGGUGUACUUAGGAUUGGCAAUACUUAUGGCCAGGUCUUUGUGCCUGACACCAAUACCAAAGUUCCUGAUACUCUCUUCUUUGACAUACAUCAGCAUGUUGCAGUGUUGGAGAAUAUGUUGCAGGAUUGGCUGCUUGGUGACCAUCUCCUACUUGUCGGAAACCAAGGUGUUGGAAAAAAUAAACUUGCUGACAGAUUUCUUUACCUUCUCUCUCGCCCACGUGAAUAUAUCCAACUUCACAGAGACACAACAGUACAGAGCCUGACAAUUCAACCAGUUGUACGAGAUGGACGAAUUCAACAUGAGGAUUCCCCUCUUGUUGUGGCAGUCAAGACUGGCCGUGUAUUAGUUGUUGAUGAGGCAGAUAAAGCUCAAACUCAUGUUACAUGUGUGCUUAAGACUUUGGUCGAGAGUGGAGAAAUGCUGUUAUCAGAUGGUCGCCGGAUUGUGCCCAAGACUCACUCCUUGGCCUCAUCGGAGUCUCCAAAUGUGAUAAUCUCUCAUCCUAAUUUCCGCAUGAUUGUUCUUGCUAACCGUCCCGGCUUCCCAUUUCUUGGGAACGAUUUCUUUGGAUCAUUGGGUGAUCUCUUCAGCUGCCAUGCCAUUGAUAACCCAAGUAUGGAAUCAGAGAUGUCUCUUCUCCAAUCAUAUGGCCCUAAUGUACCAGAGGACAUCAUGCGUCGGCUGGUUGGCGCAUUUAGUGAACUUAGAGAUUUAGCUGACCAAGGCCUUAUUCAGUAUCCAUAUUCAACAAGAGAGGUUGUCAAUAUAAUUAAACAUCUUCAGGAAUUUCCAGAUGAUGGUGUCGCAAAUGUUGUCCGUAAUGUGGUAGAUUUUGAUUCAUGGUCUGGUGAUGCCAGAGACACACUCGUGCGUGUCAUGCACCAUCAUGGUGUACCUGUUGACACUUCUCCAAAUAAUGUGAAUUUAGCCAAAAAACUACCGCUGCCAGAACCAAAGUUAAUGGCUACAUGGCAAGUCUCUCGCCGAUUCCCAACCGGAACAAGAUCUCUUGUAAAUCUGCCUGUUGAAUCAUCUCACAUUAAAUUUAAGAGUCCAGUUCAGUUGAAUGUGUAUCAUCAUUCAGUUGAUGUAACAGAAGCUCGAUCAGCUGUGUUCACAGAGCAGCAAAGCUAUUGGCCGCUUCCUUUAUAUGACACAGCACUAGUGACAGAUAUUACUGUCAGUCCAGGAGGCACUCUUAAUCCAAUUGAUGAUCACAUACAUGUUGCCACUGUAGCUCCUUCUGCUGUUUAUUCUUUUGUACCCAGAGGGAAAGAUAAUCAGUUAAAACAGAUACUUCUCCAUGAUGUCCUUCCGCGUUAUCGUUCUGCUUACCAGCCACGGAUACGACUUGCACAUUUGCCAAACAGAAAUUUGGUUAUCCAUGAAGAGGCUUCUAACACACUUUUAACAGUGGACACGGACACUGGCUUAGUGACUCACAUCCAGCUUAGCUCAUUAUUUGAAGCUGCAGCCGAGUCACUGCUGAAAAGGCUGGGUUCAGGUGGCGGAAAUCAAACCUUUUUUCGGAUGUGUAAAGGUAAAGUAGAGCAAGGGCAACUUGCAUUAUGGGAGGUUGGUGGUGGGCAGAUAAUUUUCAUAGAUAUUAACAAGGAGACCAGUCAUUCAGUUAAUUUACCACUUUGUCUAUCUUCUUUCCAUCCACUAAAUGGAAGCUAUCAGUGGGUGGCUGGUGAUCAAGAAGGCUACAAGUGGUUAUUGAAAGGUAACAUGCACAACAUUGUUCUUCAUCCAGUAACCCAAAUACCAGGUCAACAAGAUUCUAGUGAGAUAAAGAUAUCUACUAUUGCUCCAAAUAUUUUAAGUGACUUUGUGUUGUCUUCAGCACUUAAGCAACAGGUUAGUGCUCCUAGUCAUCUUUUAGCUCCUUCUAAUGCAUUAGCUGCUAUAGCUGUAGGUUUUCCAGAGCUUGAUGCAAGUGAGAAUGAAGUAUAUAUAUGGGAACGUGAUGGAAUUUCAUUGAAGACUCCCCCAGCAGUAAGUGACCCAGCUAGCUUUACUGUUUUGUUAAACGAUUCUGGACAGAUAGUUAGAACUGUUGACCAGGCCCCUAGAGAUGCAUUAGAAUAUAGCAUCGCAGCUACAAAUACAAGUAUUUUUCUAGAAGUAACAGAUUUGAUAAAUCAUAGCAUUAGCUACAUUCCUGUUCCCCAAGCCUCUCAAUCUUCUCCACAUUGGGCCUGGUCUGUAGCAGCUCGCACAUCUCCACUUUUCUUGGCUGCAACCAGUGGUCAAGGUCUGGCUUCAGUAGACUCUGCUGGAGUUGUACGUCUUUGGCAAACAGGAAGUGUUGGCUUACAGAAAGCUCUAGCAGAGUGGCGUAAAAUGAUUGGUAAUGAUACGGGCCAUCUUAGACUAGAUAUUGAUCGCUUUAGUGGUGAGGAUGUCACUGAACCUAAACAUGGAAAGGAGGAUCCUUCAAAUGAUCCCCAUGUAGGAGGAAAUACUUGGGCAGGUGGCACAGGUGGACGUGAUACCGCUGGCCUUGGAGGUAAAGGAGGACCAUAUCGGUUAGAUGCUGGACAUGAUGUUCAUCAAGUUUCCGAAGUGGAAAAAGAUGCUGUGCCUGAAGAAGUGAGGCGUGCUGCACGGGAAAUGGCACAGAAAGCCUUCAAAGAACGCUUGAGGGAAAUUAGAAUGAGUGAAUAUGAUGCUUCUCUUUAUGAGAAACUUGCUGGUGGUGUACAACAACAGGUACGUGCAUUACGCAGUAUCAUAAACUCCCUACAGGCAAAAGGAAAGGAACGCCAGUGGCUUAGGCAUCGCACCUCUGGAGAGUUAGAUGACACAAAAUUAAUUGAAGGUUUGGCAGGAGAACGAAAUAUAUACCGGCAAAGACGUGAAGAGGAACCAGAAGUAGGGGCACCACAAAGUCACCCCAAACGUCUCCGGUUAGUUGUUGAUGUGUCUGGAUCAAUGUACCGUUUUAAUGGUCAUGAUGGUCGUCUCGAACGUGAACUUGAAGCCACGCUCAUGGUUAUGGAGGCAUUUGAGGGGUUUGAGAAUAAAUUUAAAUAUGAUAUUUAUGGACAUUCUGGUGAAGAGGCUGCUGUACCCCUGAUAGAGUGUGACAAUAUUCCACGAAACAACAAAGAGCGUUUGGACGUGUUAAAAACAAUGCAGGCUCAUUCACAGUUUUGUCUUAGUGGAGAUCAUACUUUGGAAGCUGCAGCUGAGGCUGUGAAGCACAUAGCAACUGAGGAAUCUGAUGAAAGCUUUGUAAUCCUACUGUCUGAUGCAAAUCUGGAUAGGUAUGGAAUCAGACCCAGUCAGUUAUCUAAAGCUCUUACUGCUGAGAGCACAGUGAACACAUAUGCAAUUUUUAUUGGGUCUUUAGGUGAUCAAGCAGACAGAUUAACAAAGGCUCUUCCUGCUGGACAUUCAUUUGUUUGUCUUGAUUUAACAAAGCUUCCGCAGAUCUUACAACAAAUUUUUACUUCAGCUAUGUUAAAAUAAUUGUACAAUAGAUUAAUUCAUUCAUAAUUAAUGGCACCAUAAAUGGUUAAAGUGUUUACAAUAAAUUGGCAAUGAAUGAGAUAA